AUGGUGGGAGGGCUGGAGACUCCACAGCUUCGCCUGAUGAAUGGAGGCAGUCGCUGUGCAGGCAGAGUGGAGAUUUUUUACCAGCAUUCCUGGGGCACUGUGUGUGACUACAGCUGGGACCUGAACGAUGCCCAUGUGGUGUGUAGACAAAUGGGCUGUGGAGUGGCCCUAAAUGCUGUGCACGAGGCACUCUUUGGGGAAGGAUCAGGGCCCAUCUGGCUGGAUAGCCUGAAGUGCACAGGCGAGGAGUCCCAUGUGUGGAAGUGCCCUUCUCUAGGCUGGGGACAAAACUACUGCACACACAAGGAGGAUGCAGGUGUCAUCUGCUCAGGAAACCAGACCCAACUGCUGCCCCAGUGCAAUGACUCCUGGUCUGACCCAGCAGGCUCUGCAGCCUCAGAGGACCACACUGCCAACUGCUCAGACAGCAGACAGCUCCGCCUGGUGGACGGGGGCAGUCACUGCGCAGGGAGAGUAGAGAUCCUGCAGCAGGGCUCCUGGGGCUCCAUCUGUGAUGACAGCUGGGACCUGAGUGAUGCCCAUGUGGUGUGCAGACAGCUGGGCUGUGGAGUGGCCCUGGAGGCCACUGUCUCUGCCCACUUUGGAGAGGGAUCAGGACCCAUCUGGCUGGAUGAAGUGAACUGCACAGGAGAGGAGGCCCAUGUGUGGCAGUGCCCUUCCCAGGGCUGGGGGCAGCACAACUGCAGUCACAAGGAGGAUGCAGGGGUCAUCUGCUCAGAGUUUCUGGCCCUCAGGUUGGUGAGUGAGGACCAGGAGUGUGCUGGGUGGCUGGAGGUUUUCUACAACAACACCUGGGGCAGUGUCUGCCACAGUCCUAUGGAUACUAUGACCUUGUCCAUUAUCUGCAGACAGCUUGGCUGUGGGGACACAGGGACUCUGGAUUUCUUGAUUCCUUCCAGAGAAGGUGCUAGACCCCACUGGGUAAAUGGAAUCCACUGUUGGAAAACUGAUACCUCUCUCUGGCAGUGUCCUUCUGACCCCUGGAAACACCAGUCUUGCUCUGCAAAGGAGGAAGUUCAUAUCACAUGUACAGGUGAUGUACUUGCUAUUUCUAUGUGUUUGUCCUAUGCCUAUAGGUUGUUAUUAGGAAAGGUUCACAUAUUCAAAUGUAAUGGAUGA